AAAUUUGAUUAAAUGGGGAUUAGCGAAAGACAAAAUUCUUGAUGAACACGUUUCGAAAUGGAAUCGAGAAAAAUUUAAUAUUUUUGAAAGAAUCCUUCAUAAUUUUAUGCCAUUAAUUAGAUUUUAUGAUAUAUCUUCAGAAGAUUAUUUUAAUAAAGUUAGACCUUAUGAACAAAUUUUAUCUAAGGAAUUACGAGAAGAUAUUUUAAAAUUUCAUAUGGUUCCUGGAUUUAAACCAUCAUUCAAUAAUUAUACGAAAAGACGUUCAAAAAAGAAUAUUAAGUCUUCAUUAAUUAACACAGUCACAGUUGAUUCUUUAUUUAUUAAUAAAGAACAUGUUGCACUUUUUGCAAAUUGGAUUAAUUGGAUUGAAAGAAAAGAUAAUUACAAGUAUAAUAAUAAUAUAUCAUAUGAUUUUAAUCUUAUUUUACGUGGUAGUCGGGAUGGUUUUGAUCCUAAAUCAUUUCAUAAUAAAUGCGACAACAAAGGAGCAACCAUUACAGUUAUAAAAAUUAAAAAUCCAAAUCAAAGUAGGAGUGAUCAAAUAUAUGGAUAUAAUAUUCCCAUUGAUUGGGAUAAUCAAAUAAUUGGAGGAUAUAAUCCCCUUGAUUGGAGUGGACGAGGCCGUUAUAGUACUCCAGAUAGUUUUUUAUUUUCAUUUAAUGAUAAUAGAAAUGUUGAAUCAGGUAUAAUUAGUAGACCAAUUAACAUUAAUAGUACUGUAAUAAGUGAUCCAAAUUGGGGACCAAUAUUUGGAGCAUAUACAAGUUAUGAAGAUAGUCAUGAUCUAUGUAUGAAAACAGAUGGACAAUGGAGUUCUUAUCCAAAUUCUUACACCGAUAUUAAUAUUCCAAGAAAUUAUUUUGAUAUUGUUGAUUAUGAAAUAUUUCAAGUUAAGAAAAGGAUUACUUAA